AUGGACGCACCGGACGCCCCCCACACGCCAAAGUACCUCGAUGGUGGAGCGACGCCGGCGGGUCCCGGCAAGUCCGCCUUCGUCGAGCUGCAGCAGCAUGGGUACGGUGGCAUCCGAAGUGGGUACCAGCAUUUCAGUGCACAGGGCGGGCAGGAUUCCGGAUUUCCGAGCCCGCGAAGUGCACUAGGCUAUCCCUUCCCGCCCAUGCACCAAAACUCGUACUCAGGGUAUCACUUAGGAAGUUAUGCACCUCCCUGCGCUAGUCCACCAAAAGAUGAUUUCCUCUCGGACAAAAUCGAGGACACCGGCCUGCGGGUGAAUGGCAAGGGUAAAAAAAUGCGCAAACCCCGCACAAUCUAUAGUUCCCUACAGCUGCAGCAGCUCAACCGAAGAUUUCAACGAACGCAGUACCUAGCACUACCGGAGCGGGCGGAACUGGCGGCCAGCCUCGGACUGACGCAGACGCAAGUGAAGAUUUGGUUUCAAAACCGACGAUCGAAGUACAAGAAAAUGAUGAAAGCAGCGCAGGCACCCGGCGUCGGGGGAGGACUUCCAUUGGGUGCGCCGAACCAAGGUGGUCAUAGUCCGUCGCAGCAUCAGAACAUGCAUCAAGCACCCGGCGGAGGUUCCAGUAGUGGAUCGCCAUCGCACUUUCUACCUCCCGGACAUAGUCCUACACCGUCGAGUACACCGGUCUCGGAGCUGUCACCUGGUAACGUUUUUGCUUUUGACCCUACUGCCGAUCGAAUUCCAGGUCUCAGUCCGCCCUCGCAAGCACCCUGGGAGCAGAAACCUCCGCCACACUGGGGCGACCACAAACCACCGCAGAUGGCACCGCAGACGAACCACGCACCUCCACAGCCAACCCAUGCACCCCAGAUGGGCGGUUACGUACCUCAGUACUGGUAUCAACCGGAAACGAAUCCAUCACUAUUAACGUAG